UCCCCAGCCUCUGGAGAAAAAGCAAUGCAACCAGCAUGUCUGAGACCAAGCGCACCCUGACAUGCUGGUGUGGUGAUGUGGAGAUGGAGCUCGUGGGCGCUCCGCUGGCUAGCCUGCACUGCCACUGCGGCAUUUGCCAGAAGUGGUCGGGGGCUCCGUUCCAAUGGCUAGUACUAUACAAGGCCGACAAGACAUCCGUCGUCAAGGGGAAGGACAACGUCACCAUCACUAGGACCAGCGAGGACAUGGAGCGCGGGAGACGGACAUGCACCUCGCACCUCUACAACAACCGGGGCGGGCACAUUUUUGCCAUUCCGGGUGUCGUAAUCAAGGGCAUCCGCUCCGAGGACCGCACCAUCGCCGAAGGGUUUGCGCCUUCCGCCGAGAUCUUCUACGCUACCCGGGUCCAGGAUUCGAACGGAGGCCUCCCAACCUUCGACAGUGUUCCGACUCUAACGUGAUUAUAUUAGCGGCUGCUUUUCUGGAUGGAGAGUUGGCAGCUUCAUCCGCGGGUGGCGACAGGCGUGGAGCACAGAGAGCGCUUCGCCAUGAAUGAAAGCGUCGUGUGCGCAUUGAGAAAUGGUGCUCAUCUGCACUGCCGGAAACUCGGUCUGAAACCUUUUGGCGCGAGCCGCAGCAUGCGUGUGUUGAUGUGAAGUCAACAGUUGGUGUGUGUGCUGUUCAUGUGCCCACCGAGGUUGAGAUGCGGUGUCCUCUGGGCGGCUAGCACCACUUCCCCUGGCAGCAACUAGGCUCUCCCUACAAAAUCGUGACUGAGGAGUGCUGUUGAUACUUGUUGUUCGACCCCCGAGAUGAUGCAACCGUCUGUGUGGUUUCGCGAAGACGCCGAAAGUAACACACGAAACAAACAGAAGAAUGCCGCACGGAGCGACAGACGGCUCAGACCCGUACUCGACCCCUGAACAAGCACAGGCACCUUAUACUCUCGUGUGGUGUUGGGUUUGUUCGGGCAUCAGGCCUGCGCCUUGGUGCGGAAGACUGCGGGUGCUUGUCGAAGGGUGAGCACCUAGAGCGUGCCAUUAAAUAUGUGAAUAAUUUUUUUUCGUCCGCCUGUCUGUGUAACUGCGUGGGCUGCGGUGCGGGGUGGUAGUAAGUUACUUGAUCACAGUUUGGGGGUUAUCCAUUCAUUGGCGCUUGUUGGACGUUGAGGCCCAGAUGUACCGUAUUUUGAAAAUAGCACACCCGCCGCGGGUGUGGGACGGUGCGCGACUUGGAUUUAAAGAGAGAAAGGGGGGCGAUGCUGCAGAGAUUGCGGAGAUCAGAGUAGACUCGUAAAAGUUUCUUCAGGAGAUUGCGAGGAGAGUUGCCUCGCACAAGUGUCUUCAGAUCGCUGUAGCCGACUUUUAUUACUCGCACCAACAACUCAAGUCUUCGAGAAUGGUACUACUUUCGUGGAACAAUCCAACACAUCAAGCAGAGUUGACAGCGCAAGCUCUGAAGUAGAAACAAUGAUGGGUGGGGUUGCGGUGCGGCUGCACGUUAUGACAUAUAUCUGUGUUGUCUGCACCGAGCAUGCGGGUGGGUCUCUGUUGCCCGUUCCCGUCGUGUCUUGCGACCAUGGAAUCGGGGCAGCGUUGACGCAUUUCAAACUCGUCGCGCCUGGGAAUUUGCGCUUCAUGUCUUAAGACACCUGCGAGAUGUUCGUCGGAAUACUGUUUGCCGGACAAGGCAGCUGCGAGUGACAUGCGGUAUACGUGGUCCGGCGGAAUGAGCACGCAAGUUCCACGAAUCUGUACGGCGACAUGGGAGAAGCUAUUGAAUAUCUCUCGUGGAAACCAGGGUCUCCUCUUCUCAUGGAUGCCUUUUCGAGGCAACGGCCUGGGCCUGAAGAUUCCAGAUUUAAGAGACCUGUGGGAAAUACA